ACCAAACGUCGGCAAAAGAUGAAACGCCGUAAUGAAGAUUUGUCUCCGAGUGACGCCUCAAUUCCAAAGAAAGGAAAAACUGGUUUCGUAGUCAAGCAAAGAGUUCCCAGUGACGAAGAUUUAGAGAGGCUUUCACAGAAACUCAAAAAAUGGAAGACAUUAGGGCGUCGUCUCGAUAUUGAGGAAGCAAGAUUAACGGCGUUUGACGAGAAAAAUGAGGAAAAGUGUGAAAAAAUCUACAAAAUGUUAUUACAUUGGAAAGAGAGGAAUGGUUCAGCUGCAACAUACAUGGUCCUACAUGAUGCAUUGUGUGAUCCAUUGGUUAGUCGGAGAGAUUUAGCAGAGGAACUUUGCUGUCAAUAACAUGAAUGACUGUUUUUGUUAUUGACGCACAGAUAGCUUUUAUUUCUAUUUUUACUGAUUAUUCCACUGUCAAAUGAACAUGUAUCCCCAAUACGGCUACACUAUUACCAUAUGAAUUACUAAAUCAGUAAUCUUCCUUUUUCUCAUGGGAUCGUUUUUCUGCCUAUUCUACGCAUGCAUCUUUCUAUUUUUUUGAAUGGAAACGUCAAGUGAUAAAGUAUAUUGCUAGCUAUAUCCCACCCAUCACUUUUCGCACGAUUCUAUUGGCUACUUUACGACACGUGGUACAUCGGGUAGUUUUGACAAAAUAACCACCAUUUACGUCGAUAUUUGUCCCCCGAUUAUUUCCGUCAAAAAGAAACAAAGUCAGCGGGAAAAAGCCGGUCUUGAGUUUCACUUUUUUAUCUUUACUAUUGAACAUUUUGUAGAGUUCACUGGUGGUGAUAUUAAAAAGCUGAUCUUAAAAUGCUGGUCCAGAAAGUCAAAAAAAGUCAAAAAAAUUUUGCUGUCAACGCACGAUACGAAAAUUAAUGGGAGGGUUAUGGAUUAAAUGAAUCCACUUAUGGCAUGCUGGUAUUUCAGGUGAUAAUUUCCUUGGCUGAGAGAUUGUCUCGAAAUUUUUACCAUUUGCCCUUGAA